UGGUACUCACAAGACAUCCUAGGCAACAGAGCAGUGGCAUCUGUAUCUAUUCACCAUUUCCACUUCUCCAUUUCUCGCUUCCAAGUGUCUCUCACGCAGCUAAUGGAUUCGACGGAUCUAUGCAAAGAGUCAAAGGGAGAUGUUCCUCCAAAGCCAAAGAUUGAGGCUGAGAUCACUGAUUGUCUGGUUCCUAUGACUCCUGAUACUGUGGCAGAGAACGGGGAGUUUCAAUCCCCUCUCACACUCACAGUGGUUAGGAAACAACUGAAGCAUGCCUCCAUUAAUUCUGAUAAUGACAAUGAUAAUGAUAGUGGAACUCCCCGAACUCCCAAGGACGGUGUUUUUGACCCCUUUGCACCUGGUCCUGAUAACAUGGCGCGUGCACCCCACAGUAACAAGUAUCUUGAUGAAUACAGGACCACCGUUGCUCGCCGACUAAAUUUUCAUUCCUCCUUUGAUGCUGAUGUUGAAUCUCUUUCAGAUGAAGAUAUGGUUGAAUCCGUAUACGAGAAUCUUUUGCAAGUUAUUGUUUCAAAGCAAGCUGAGGCUGCGUGGCUUCUUUCUCAAAUGUCAAAUCAUUCAGAUGAUUGUAAAACGCCUCCUUGCCCACUCCGAUUCACUGGAAUUUCUGAUACUUGUCCUGGUGCACCCAUGAAGCCAGCAGGGAAACCAAGGAACAUUCAAGUGGGGUUAUGCAAGAAGCUUGAAUUCUGACACAAAUUCACCUGAAUUUGUUUGUCUAUAUAUAGAGAGAGACUAGACCAGUUGCAAAUCACAUUCAUUCGUAACUGCAUUUGGUGCUGCUAAUUUUGUCUUACUGUUUUUUGUAUCUCUAAUUUGUAGGUUAGCUUGUUCUGGGUAAUGUAUUUUUACAUGGCACAAUUGCAUCUGACCAAGCUGAUAGAUGUAGCAGCUACAUUGUAUAGUAAACUAUUGCUAGUUUAUUUUACAAUGAAUUAUUCUCCGGUGUUAACUCAAAUAUAUAAUUUCUUUUUUAAGUCGGUCUUCAGUUCUAUUGUAUGUUUUAUAAAUCUUGUUACUAAACUAAUUUUAAUAUCACAAGUUGACUGAAAUGGUUCAAGCUUAAAUGGUACUUUCU